AUGAAACAGAAACUAAUGGAUUUUGGGUUGUUUGCUUUGUCUUUCUUUUUCUCUGCAGAAAUGGGCCUGUUAACUGCAAUCAUUUUCCUGGUUGCUUUGCUGCACCAAUCUGGUGGACAGACCUUUCAGAUUAAACGAGUCAACACUCCCUCCCUUCCAUAUUCUAAAUCUCAAAACCAGAAGCAGAUCCUUGAGAUGCACAAUGAAAUCAGGAGAUCUGUAUUUCCCACAGCCAGGAACAUGCUGAAAAUGGUGUGGAAUGAGAAAGCUGCCAAAAAUGCUCAGAAAUGGGCAGAUAAGUGUGGGAUGAAAAUCAGCCCAAGAGAUCAGAGAGUCAUUAAUGGUGUCACUUGUGGUGAGAAUAUAUUACUGUCAUCUAACCCAAGAACAUGGGCUGACACAAUUCAAACCUGGUACAGCCAGUCCUCCAAUUUCAAGUAUGGAUUUGGAGCAACUUCAAAAAAUGUCAAUAUUGAGAACUAUACUCAGCUAAUCUGGUACAACAGUUACCUGAUUGGGUGUGCAGUUGCCUACUGUCCUAGGAAUCAGUUCAACUACUUCUAUGUUUGCCAGUACUGCCCUGCAGGAAAUAAUCCAAUGCAGAUUGCUACACCUUACAAAAGUGGACCAAAAUGUGCAGAUUGUCCUGGCCACUGUGACAGAGGGCUUUGCACCAAUCCUUGCAAGUAUCAAGACUCUUUUGCAAACUGCAGAAAUCUGAAAAGCUUAUUUGGCUGCAACCAUCCACUGGUGAAGGAGAAGUGCCCUGCUUCCUGUAGAUGCACCACUCAAAUCAUUUAA